AUAUUGUAGAGUCUGUUAUGUCAGUUUGAACCUCCAGAACGGGGACGUGAGUCGCAGCACCAGAGGAAAAGGUGGGAGUGGAGCUUUCUCUUUCUCUUCUGUCGAGUGUUCAGGUGUGAUGGACGUGUGUGUGUGCGUGGAGCCGCCGGCGGGUCUGCUGGCAGACGAGUGCUCGUGUCACUGCUGCUUCGAGGUGCUGCUGGAGCCCACCACACUGCCCUGCGGACACAGCUUCUGCCGACACUGCCUGGCCUCCUGCUGGGCCUCCGGCCUCCCCACACACUGCCCAGAAUGCCGAGCGGCGUGGCAGGGUUUACCCAGAGUCAACAUCCUCCUGCGGGAUGCGGUGGAGAAGCUGUUUCCCGCUGACGUGAGCCGACGGAGGCAGGCCGUCCGGAGUGACCCGUGGCUCCAGCAGGUUCUCCAGGCGUUCGAGAAGAGACUGGAGCGGCACACACACACACACACCACUGCCCCAGUGAACCCGCCGCGGAUCAACAUCAGGGAGUUUUACUCUGGAGUCCUGACCGCACUGAGCUGUGUCGCUAUGGUGCUGUUAGUGUACCGCGCGCUCAGUGCCGACUCCAGCCAUGAGACGCUGCUCAGUAAACCUCUCCGCAGGUGGAGCACUGAUGAUGUCACACUGUGGGUGGAGCAUCUGGGGGUCUGGACCAAUCAGUAUAAAGAAAUAUUCCACAGGGAGCAGAUUGACGGCAGAUCCCUGUCUGCUCUCAGUGAUGAAGAUCUGUCUGCGGCUCCGUUCAUGAUCCAGAAUCAGGCUCACCGACGGAUCAUCCUGGAGGAGCUGCACAAACUCCAGCAGCUGAGAGUCACACUCAACCUCUGGGAGUACAAGGAGCUGUACCCUGGGAAGACGGUGUUCCUGCUGGUGGGUCUGAGGAGCUGUCCUCGCCUGACGCUGCUCUACCUGUACCUGCUGGACUACCAUCACACCUUCCUGCCCUUCCUCGACACCGCCUGCCCCGCACAAACGCCGCUGCAGGAUUGGCCGGGCUGGCAUCAGUGGGCGGAGUUUCUGGUGAUGUACUUCCUGUUGCCGCAUCAGCUGCUGGCUGCGUUCGCCUGGCACUGGGUGAGCGCUCAUUACUGGACGGCCGGCGUCGUCAUCGCUCACGCCACCUUACUGUCAGUGUUGGACAUCAGUUUCUACUGGACGCUGUGGACCAGAGGAGAGAUGAGGACGCUCCCCCAGAGGCUCUGGCUUCAUGUGUUGGCGGUGAUGUUCAACUCUUCUCCUCUGGUGUUGGUGUGGCCGCUGCUCCCUCUGUUCAUCAUCAAUAUAGAGAUCUACACACAGCUGUACAUCAGCCCCUUCCUCACCGCAGCGCUCGUGAAGAACACACUCCUGCCUACAGAUGCACAGCAGAGGCCCUGACACACACACACACACAUUCUACAUGCUCUCACUGUAAACACACGUUUCAAUCCCCUCUCUGCUUUCAUGUUACAUUCAGGUUUAAAUCAGUAAUUCAGACAAUUUUAUUUUUAUAUUUUGAUUUUGUUAAUUUAUUAAUGUGGGUGAAGAAAAUAUAUCGGUCGUAUUUGUAAAUCAUAAUAUAUAUAUAUUUUUUUUAUUUAAAUAUUUCUCUAUUAAUAAAAAGGUGAAAGUUC